GACCCGGCGGCUCACGUGACAAGGCGGUGGUUGUGCGGGCGGUGCGCGGCUGCGGCGCGGGAUGGAGCAGUGACGGGUGAGCGCCGCGCGGGGCAGCUGCGCGGGGGCGGGAGGGAAGGAGGCCGCGGUCGGGCCCGAACGGGGUCGCCGCUGUCUUCCCCCGGCCCCUGAAGCUGCGGCCGGGCCUAGCGGGGAGGGCAGAGCCGGCCGGGCCCGUGGCUCCGCGGCCGGCCUGCCGCCGCCGCCGCCGGUCGUGCUUGCGGCUCCCGUCCCCGGGCCGGCCGCAGGCUCUGCGUGCCCGGGCUUCGGGACGCGCGGCCGUGCGGCGGCCCCUGCCUGUACCGCUCCGCACCGAGAGAUCGCGGCUCGGAGCCUUCCCCUGCCGCCGCGGCCUCUGCCUGUGGUGCUUCGCGCUGAGGGCCGCGCGCCGGGCGUCAGCCGUGAGUUCUGGGAACGGGCGCGGAGAAGCGACCUGGCGGGGCUCGGGGCGGCCGGCCGGCCUGGGCGCUCCUGGGAGAGGUUGGAGCUGAACGGGAAAUACGGUGCCUUCACUUCCCUCUCCAGCCUCGAUCUUGAGAAACGCAGCGCGAAUUCUGUUUGGACAUCGCUGUGUGUGUUCCCUUCGUUGAGCAUCUUGCCUCUGUCUUCAGAAGCAGAAAGCAUCACAAUAGAGACACAAAGAUGACUGAGUUUUGGCUGAUUUCUGCUCCUGGGGAAAAAACCUGUCAACAGACAUGGGAGAAACUACAUGCAGCAACUACAAAAAAUAACAAUCUCUCUACUAAUUCCAAGUUCAAUAUUCCAGACCUGAAGGUUGGCACACUGGAUGUUUUGGUUGGUCUGUCAGAUGAGCUGGCUAAGCUGGAUGCGUUUGUGGAGAGUGUUGUAAAGAAGGUGGCCCAGUAUAUGGCUGAUGUUUUAGAAGACAGUAAAGAUAAAGUUCAGGAAAAUCUUCUGGCUAAUGGAGUUGACUUGGUCACCUAUAUAACAAGGUUCCAGUGGGAUAUGGCCAAAUAUCCGAUAAAGCAAUCAUUGAAGAAUAUUUCAGAAAUUAUUGCAAAGGGAGUAAACCAGAUUGACAAUGAUCUUAAAGCAAGAGCUUCGGCAUACAAUAAUCUAAAAGGGAACCUUCAGAAUUUGGAAAGAAAGAAUGCGGGAAGCUUGCUAACCAGAAGUCUUGCUGAUAUUGUAAAGAAAGAGGACUUUGUACUUGAUUCAGAAUAUUUGGUCACGCUAUUAGUGAUUGUACCAAAGGUAAAUUACAAUGACUGGGUUAAGCAAUAUGAAACGUUAGCAGAGAUGGUUGUACCACGUUCCAGCAAUGUACUCUUUGAGGAUCAGGACAGUUACCUUUGUAAUGUCACCUUGUUCAGGAAGGCAGUGGAUGACUUCAAGCAUAAAGCCAGAGAAUACAAAUUUCUGGUCCGUGACUUCCAGUAUAAUGAAGAAGAGAUGAAAGCUGAUAAAGAGGAAAUGAAUAGACUGUCAACUGACAAGAAGAAACAGUUUGGGCCUCUGGUACGAUGGCUGAAAGUUAAUUUCAGUGAAGCUUUCAUUGCAUGGAUUCAUGUGAAAGCACUCCGAGUAUUUGUUGAAUCUGUUCUAAGGUAUGGUUUGCCGGUAAACUUCCAAGCGAUGCUGCUUCAGCCUAAUAAGAAAACAAUGAAGAAACUGAGGGAGGUUUUGUAUGACUUAUAUAAACAUCUUGACAGCAGUGCAGCAGCUAUCAUUGAUGCAACUAUGGAUAUUCCGGGCUUAAACCUCAGUCAGCAGGAGUAUUACCCAUAUGUGUACUACAAGAUCGAUUGCAAUUUACUGGAAUUCAAGUAAAAAUUCCCUAACGUGACAAUCCUGUGUUGGUGUAAACAGAAGUGAGGUUGAAGUACAGUAAUACCUUUAACACUCUACUAAUCAUAUGCUUGCUUCUUAUGUUAGGUGAAUUUUAACCGCAGUGGUCCAUCUAUAGACAUUUUCUUUUUAAAGGAAAGUGUAGGCAAUCUGCUUUUAAAUAAACGUCUGUAAAUGUAUAUUGAGAGAAUUGAAGUAUUUAUAAACAGAGCGAUUUAUUUAAGGGAAAGGUCAUUCCUCUUUCAUACGUGAUCUGUGUUAAUUCCAUUCCCCGUUGUUUAUUAAAAAAAAAUUGUUUACAGAAGAAUAGUGUAAAUGUUUAUGGCCAUUUUGUUCAUUUGAUUUAGUAGAUACACGUGUUAACAUUGUUGAACUGUGACGUAAAGUAUGUAAGAUUGGUAUGAAAUUGUGCUUUCUGAAUGUUGUAAAAUUACACUUGAAGCACUGUAAGCACACAGGAAAAAAUAAACAUACCUGUGCAAAUGUG